AUGGACCGCCACGACGGCGCCGACGAGCGGGCGCCCCUGCUGUCCGACCGCCCGGCCUCAGCCUCGGCGGUCGACGGCGUACAGGAGGAUAUCCACUGGCGCUCCGAGCUGGCGCUGCUCCUGAAGUACUCGCUGCCGCUCAUCGCCACAUAUCUCCUGCAGUACUCCUUCUUCGUGAUCACCAUCAUGAUCGCAGGGCACCUGGGCGCCGACGACCUCGCCGCGGCAAGCAUAGGCGCCACCACCAUGAACGUGAUCGGUUUGUCAAUCUUGGAGGGCAUGGCGACCGCUCUCGAUACCCUGUGCGCCCAGGCUUACGGCUCCGGGCACAAGAUCGGAGUCGGGCUCCACAUCCAGCGGAUGAUCGCGCUCAUGGGGCUCUCGCUGGUCCCGGUUGGGCUGAUCUGGAUCUUCUCGCCGUGGAUACUGCCCCUCUUCGUCAAGCAGCACCACCUUGCUGUCAAGGCGGGCGUCUUCCUCCAGUACAGCCUGAUCGGACUGCCCGGGUAUGGCGCCUUCGAGGCUGGAAAACGAUUCCUUCAGGCCCAAGGUGACUGCAAUGUUGGCAUGGUUGUUCUUAUCAUCUGUGCGCCCGUCAACGCUGGGCUGAGCUAUUGGCUCGCCUUCCCCAUGGAUAUGGGUCUUGCGGGUGCUGCCCUUGGAUCUGCCCUAAGCAACAAUCUGAGAUUUAUUCUCUUGUUUCUCUAUGUCAUGUCGCCACUCGGGAAAUGGUCUCAUGUCUGCUGGGGUGGUCUUUCGAGGGAUGCCCUUCGGAAUUGGGGUCCGAUGGUAUCGCUUUCCUUUGCUGGGGUGAUCGUCUUGAUUGGGGAGUGGGCCGCAUUCGAGAUCUUGACCUUCAGCACCUCGUACCUUAGUACUGGCCACCUCGCGGCUCAGACAUUGCUGACUACAGCAAUUGUCGUUGUCUGGCACAUCCCUUUCUCCAUCAGUGUGGCCUUGUCGACUCGCGUAGGUCACCUAAUCGGCGGUGGCUACGUAGAUACUGCACGACGUGCCGCUGCUCUCUAUUUCUUCGUCUUCUUCCUCGUCGGCCUCUUCAAUGCAGCCCUUAUCUACUUCUUCCGAUACCAAAUUGUCUCGAUAUUCACCAAAGAUCCGGCUAUCCGCGAGCUCGCAGUCAACUCGAUGUGGCUAGCCGCCGUCUUCGAGGUCAUCGACUCCGUCGUCUGUGGGACCAACGGCCUGUUACGGGGUCUAGGGAAACAGAGCGCCGCGGCCUAUAUCGCCGUUUCUGUGAACUACCUGGAGGCUGUACCUCUGGCUAUGUGGUUGGAACUGGGCUCGCCUGCGCUCGGAAUAGACGGAGUGUGGGUCGGUUUUGGUUCGGGCGUCGCUCUCACUAUUGUCCUAGAAUGCCUCUACGUCAGGCUACUGGACUGGCAAAGCGUCGUCGACAAGGUCAAAUGCAGGGAAGAUGCCAAUGACUGA